UAACUGGUCUGGCAAUGACUACAACGAUACCGUCACUGUCUGUAGUGUGUGUUCAGUUUCCCUCUGUGCAGGAACAAAGUUUGAUCUGCAGAUCAUGACCGACGAGGCUUACGAUGUGAUGGUGGUUGGCUCCUGUAUGACUGACUUAGUGAGCCAAGCACCAAGGCUACCCAAACCAGGAGAAACCAUCCAUGGUCACAAGUUCUUCAUCGGCUUUGGAGGAAAGGGCGCCAACCAGUGCAUUCAGGCUGCCAGACUGGGGGCCAAAACUGCCAUGGUCUGCAAGGUUGGUAAAGACUUCUUUGGAGACAAUUACAUCCAGAAUUUCAAGGACAAUGGCGUACACACAGACUUUGUGGGGCAAACAUCUGACGCAGCCACAGGAGCUGCCUCCAUCAUCGUAAAUGAUGCAGGUGAGAACGUCAUUGUGAUCGUGGCCGGUGCCAACUUGCUGCUGGGCAGUGAGGAGCUACAGGACGCUCUUCCAGCCGUCAGUCGUGCAAAAGUACUGGUGUGCCAGCUGGAGAUCAGUCCACAGACUUCCUUAUCUGCACUACGCAUGGCUCAGGAAAACAAAGUGAAGACAAUAUUCAACCCAGCACCGGCCAUUUCUGACCUGGAUCCAGAUUUCUACAGAGUGUCUGAUGUGUUUUGCUGUAAUGAGUCUGAGGCUGAGCUGCUGACUGGUUCCUCCGUUACUAAUGUGGAGGAAGCACAUCAGGCCGGUAAGGAGCUGCUGAAACGAGGCUGCGGGUCGGUCAUCGUCACUUUGGGAUCUCAAGGUUGUGUGGUGCUCAAGGCACAGGAGUCUACUCCAAAACAUGUUCCAACGACUGCGAUCACAGCAGUGGACACUACAGGUGCUGGUGACAGCUUCAUUGGAGCGCUGGCGUUUUUCAUGGCUAAUUAUCCCACAAUGCCUCUGGAGGAGAUGGUCCACAGAGCCAAUCAGGUGGCAGGAGUGAGCGUGCAGGCUGUCGGCACGCAGGCGUCUUACCCCUUCAAAAAGGACCUGCCAGCUGAGCUGUUCAAGUAACAGCUCAUGGGCAAGUAGACGCCAGUUGGACCAAAUCUGGAACAAGUCUCAUUGAAAAGUGAACACUGGUUAAUAAAAUUAGCUGCUGUAGACAAAUCUGAAUUUUAUGAUAUGAAUGAGUAUAAGUAAUUAUGUAACAAAUGUUUAAUAUAAAGGUCAACACAACCUUAAUUUGACUGUCAAUAUCCCUUACAUGAAUAGUGCCCAACGAUGUCAGAGAUAUGACAACACACAAAUGUCGUUUUUUGCGCAACUUUUUUUAAUCUCAAUCGUUUUUAACAGUUAAAUAAUUCACAAGAAUCUCAACACUAAAUAUUCUAUGGAACAUAUGUGAUUUAAUUGAUGCCAAAUAAAUCUCAUUUUUUGUGGUUCAAGAACAUUUCCUUGGUUUGAAUAUUUACUUUUUACAAAACUCCAAUAUUUAUCACUGACAUAACUGUAAAGAUCUGCUGAAAAGACAAAGUAUUCUUGUGUGUAGAGGUGAUGGAGACUUUGUUAAAGCUGGGCCUGUGUUUGCAUCAUGAUGAACUGGUGCAGUAGGGAGGGUCGAGGCCUUCUUAGAGAUCCAAGGAGAAAUCCUCUGCACUCAUGUCAGCCAGCCAACCACACAUUUUGACUGACAAACACCUUUUAUCAUCCAAGGCAAAAGAAAGAGUCUGUUUAAACCUCGAAGGUUUAUGGUGUCCUUUUAUUUUUCUUCACUUUUAAACUGAUCUGAUCUUCCUCUUCUCAAAGAAUAGGACAUGCGUGUUCACUGGAAAGAGAAGAACAGCAGAUUUAAAACAUGUUGAGAAGAAUGAGUGAUGAUCCACAGAAAUUGAAGCUUGUGUUAGAAGGUGAAUUGUCCAGGUCUGUUUUGUAAAGGGAGAUUUACUGGUACGACUGUCAACACUUUUCUUAAACUUGUACAGUGUCUGUUCUAAUCAGGCCUGUUUGGAAUGGGAUGUUUGCUUGACCUGUGGUAAUGCUGGUUGGAACUUUGUCAUGGGUCUCUCACUUUAAAAGUUACCUGCUGUACUUGAGAUGCGACAAGUAAAGACCGGCUCCCAGAC